AUGCGCGCCGCCGGGCCGGCCCCCUGGCUGGUCCUGGCGCUGGCCUGCGCUCACGCGCGGGCGGGCGCGCCGCCGCUGUGCAGGACAGCGGACGCGGUGCUGGGCUCCGUCGACGCGCACGUGGCGGACUGGGACACCCAGAUCGAGUUCGGGCUGAACACCAGUCUGAACUGCUCGUCCUUCCUGGAGUUCGUCUUCCUCUCGCGCGAGAGGAUCAAGAUCCAGCUCGGCUACGUCCGCGGGAACUUCAGCGCCCAGGACGCCCAGGCGCGGGCCGACGGCGAGGACGGUAUCGCCACCGCGCUCGUGAUGUCUCACAUGUCGUCCGCGGCCUCCCUGGUGUCCGCGCAGACGCACAUCCACGGUGUCCUUGCAGCGGCGCGGCGGGAGUGCCUGUCGGAGCACCUGCAGCUGCUGUUCCUGAUGAGCCUGUCACGGCGACCGCCCCAGGCAUAG